GGCAUUGUUUUAAAAUUGAUUAAUUACUAAAGCAAUCCAUGAAAAGACUUUAAUUUUUUUUUAGAUUUCAUACUUAAAAGCAUUGUUUUUUCCUUACUUUGCGACUUGUAAAUAUUCUGACCGCGAGGGUAGCUGCUAGAAAUAUAUGUAUAUGGUAUAGAAGACUUGUUCUGUCAGCUGUCCAUCAAUGGUUCCGAUCGAAACUGAUCCAAUUCGAGUUGAAUAAACCCAACCACAACGCCACCGAAAGCGAGAGGCACCGGUACCUGAACUCUAUAAUCCGACCACUCAGAUCUAAUGCCGCUGAAAUCGCACAAGGUUGUACUUGUACGCCGACGAAUGUAGAUAUAUAGCCGGUCCAACGCAUUCCUAUUUCGGUUUCGCUUUCGAAGUCGGUUUAAACUUGGCACCUGUUGCGGUCAGAGCAACACUCGCCUACACUGUCGAACAUAGUUCGGAUUGGAACGAAUCGAAAAUGGUUUGUGGCCGAAAGUGCUCGUUCUUUUGCCUGUUCAUGAGCUCCUGGGCCUUCCUGAUGCUGAAUAUCCUGGGCAUUUGCUUCUAUCUCCGGUCGCUGGUGCUGCUGAUGGAUCUACCCCUGCCGCUAAUAUUCCACGAUCCGGAGGACUUCAAGGCAAAGGCGGAGGAGGCCUACCAAACGGUGGCCAUCCGAUGCUUCGUCACGGCCAUCGUCUUUCUGGGAUUCGUAUUCAUCUCGAUUAUCGCCAUCCGGCAGGACAACAAGAAGAGGAAGCGACUCUACAAACGGGCCCACCGUCGUUGAACUGUUUUUCCUGCACGAUUGCCUGCUAAAUAAACUGUAUAUUUUCAUGGUUCCAAUUGCAUUGCACCCACUCGACGACUGCGUCCACCCACUUGUUGAGCCAGAUGGGAACCAGUUUGUUGACCGCAUUCUGCGAUUAGCCUUAGCUUCUUUAUCUACCAGCCACUUUUCGUGUCUGCCCGACUGUCCACUCUUUAUUAUGCAUUCGUCUCGACCAACCGAUUUUUGACAGCGCACGUGACACCUUCUCCGAGGUGUGUUCUCUGCUGGGCAUCAUAAAUUUCCGUGAAAUUCUCGUUCCGAAACAUGCUAAUGGGGUGUGGGUUCGGGGUCUUCGGAUGGCCCCCAUUCUGGCCAUUCUGGGGCUAUGUUAUUCUAAUCGGCCGAGCUUUUGUGUCUUACACGAAAACCGUUGUGUAAAGUAUCGUACACGAUUUUUCCUAGUUGUACAUUUGUGUAUCUCGCUUGUUAUCACCAGCCAAGUGCAGUCUACUAAAAACUGGCUCACUGCAUUUUUGGGGGAAUUCGGGAAAACUGUUUUCAGUACUUGGAAUAUGCUCUGAUAUAUGUACCUUAAAGAACAGAACCUGAAAACCUUAAA